AUGGAUGAUGCUGGUGAGAUUACCAAGAACAAAGCAAGAUUAGUAGCAAAAGGCUACUACCUAGAAGAAGGAAUUUACUAUGAUGAAACCUAUUCUCCUGUGGCCAGACUGGAAGCAAUAAGGAUACUACUUGUUAUUGCAUCUAUAAUGAAAUUCAAGUUAUAUCAGAUGGAUGUUAAAAAUGCAUUCUUGAACGGAUACAUUAAGGAAGAGGUCUACGUGGAACAACCACCGGGAUUUGAAGACUUUGAACAUCCUGACCAUGUUUACAAACUGAGAAAAGCUCUAUAUGGCUUGAAGCAAGCUCCAAGAUCAUGGUAUAAACGUCUAAACUAUAAAGAGGCUGCUACUCCUAUGGCAACCAACUGUUACUUGGAUCUUGAUGAAGCUGGAAAAAGCGUAGAUCAAAAGAUGUAUCGGGGUAUGAUUGGUUCUUUACUCUAUCUAACUGCUAGUAGGCCUAACAUAAUGCAUAAUAUGGACGUGAAUGUGGAUAAGAUCAUUACCACUGAGAUUAUGAGCUGUGCCAACACCAUGAGCAACAGGAUGCCACUGGGACUUCCGUCCCUAAUCACAUAUUUGUGCCAGCAGGCAGGAGUGGGCAUUUCAGUUUCACCCUUCGAGAGGCCGAGGAGUGUUAUUAAUGCCUCCUAUUUUUGUCAGUAUUGUAGAGGAAACGAGCCAACUAGAGCAGUACCUAGGAGACGUCUUAGGAGGGCUGCAACACAGUAG